AUGACGAAGAAGCGUAACCAAAGGCUUAAACAAUUUGCGAAGGGCUGGAAAUCCAUGGGAAAAACCCUAAAGAAACUAAAAGGGAUAUUGGAACCCAAUCACAAUCUAAAGGAGAAGAAAAAAAAGAAGAAGUAUCUUCACAUCACCUCGUCGGAAUACAUGAAACUCUACACUACGGUCUACAACAUGUCAACUCAGCUGGCCCCAAACAACCUCAACGAUCUAAUCUACGACAAGUACCGAGAGUUUUUCGACUAUUAUCUCGUCGAACGAGUGCUGGCGGUGUUGAAGCAGAAGCGCGACGGCGGCGGAGACGAGGUUUUUCUUAGAGAAGUGGUUUUCCGGUGGGAAAACCACAAGGUCAUGGUUAAGUGGGUCUCCCGGUUCUUUAAUUACGUCGACCGGUUUUAUACCUAUCGGAAUGCGUUGGAUUCUCUUCAUCAUGUCGGGUUGGCCCGAUUCCGUGGCUUGAUUUACGACGUCAUGAAAGGUGAUUUCAGGAAUGCGACUGUGAGUUUGAUUAAUGAAGAACGGGAAGGUGCGCAAGUUGACAUGGCUUUGUUGAAGAAUGCAAUUUACAUGUUCGUUGAGUUAGGCUUGGGAGAGAUGGAUUGUUAUGUGAAUGAUUUUGAAUGUUACAUGCUUGAGGAAACAACUAAAUAUUACUCUAUCAAAGCUUCAAGCUGGAUCUCUAAAGAUUCUUCCCCGGAAUAUAUGUCAAAGGCAGAGGAGUUUUUGACAAAGGAGAAGGAUCGGGUGUCUCAUUAUCUGCACUCGAGAUUCAGAGCUUUGCUUAGGGAUGGAAAGGCUGAGGACAUUUCUAGGAUGUACAGCCUCUUGUUGAUUAGAGUUAAACUAGGUGUGGAUAUGGUUUUAAGCAUGUUUAAGCAGCAAAUUAUCAAUGAAGGAAUGGUUUUGGUGCAGCAAGUUGAGGAGGAGGCGAGAAAGAAUUGCACCGACUUGAUGAGUGGAUCGCGCCAGGAGGAUGAGAGAGGUUUCAUUGUUAAGUCUAUGGAGAUGUAUGAAAAGUACAUGAGUUAUGUGAUUGGUAGUUCUCGAAUGAUAUUCAGUUUCGCACGGACAUUCUACAGGAAGAAGCUCUCUCGUCGGCUGAUAUUUGAUAGAACUGACAAUGAUGAUCAUGAAAGGCUCAUUUUAACAAAGCUAAAGCAAGAAUUUGGUGGAAGUUUUACUUCUAAAAUGGAGGGAAUGAUAACGGACAUUCCAUUGGCUAAGGAAAUUCACAGCCAAUAUCAGGCCUACGCUGAGAACAAUAAAACCAGUGCAGCUGAUCCUGGAAUUGAUUUGAAUGUUAUGGUUCUCACUACUGGAUUUUGGCCUAAUUACAAGUCCCCUGAUCUUAGCCUCCCUGAUGAAAUGGCAAAGAGUAUCCAAUCCUUCAAGGAAUUCUACCAAAACACGACAAAGUCUCGCAGAUUAGAGUGGAUUUAUUCAUUAGGAUCCUGCCAUGUGAAUGGACAUUUUGAGGCAGGAACUAUUGAACUGGUUUUGGGAACAUAUCAAGCUGCAGCCCUCUUGCUUUUCAAUGAAUCAGACAAGUUGAGUUAUUCCGAGAUCAAGACACAACUCAAGCUAGAAGAUGAAGAUCUAAUCAGAGCGCUCCAAUCCCUUUCGUGCUCAAGGUACAAAAUCCUGAACAAGGAGUCCUCAGACAAUAAACGAGUGUCUCAUACGGAUAUGUUUGAGUUUAACUCAAAGUUCACGGAUAAAAUGAGGCGUAUUCGGUUUCCGUUACCUGCUAUGGAUCAAAGGAAAAAAGUAGUUGAAGUGGUAAGCAGAGACAGAAAAUCCACCAUCGAAGCAUCACUUGUUAGAAUAAUGAAAAGUAGGAAAGUUUUGAGCCAUCAGGAGUUGGUGCAGGAGUGUGUUCAACAACUGAGUCGAAUGUUCAAGCCUGAUAUCAAAGCCAUCAAAAAAACCAUUGAAAAUCUCAUCACUCGAGACUAUUUAGAAAGGGAUAAAGAGACUCCAAAUUUGUACAAGUACUUGCCUUAA